AUGGGUCUAUCAUUUAAAACCUUCAAUUAUAUUGGAUAUGGAAUCUACUAUGAUAUUAAAAGUAGAUUACCCUAUUACAAAUCAGAUUUCAAAGAUGCAUUCAAUUAUCGAGUAAUACCUUCAACCAUAUUUAUAUUCUUUACAAAUCUAUUACCAGCAAUUGCAUUUGCUCAAGAUAUGUUUGAUAAAACAAAUCAUGCUUAUGGAGUUAAUGAAGUCUUACUACUGUCAGGAUUGGCGGGAGUUGUAUUUGGAUUAUUUUCAGGACAACCCCUUUGUAUUGUUGGUGUAACUGGUCCAAUAUCUAUCUUCAGUUACACUGUUUAUGAAUUAAUAGAACCUAGAGGGACUCCAUAUUUCCCAUUUAUGUGUUGGAUAUAUUUGUGGUCAAUGAUUUUUCAUAUUAUAAUAGCGGUUGGAAAUUAUGUAUCAUUUCUUAAAAUUAUAAGUUUAUUUUCAUGUGAUGUAUUUGGAUUCUUUAUAAACAUUGUCUAUAUUCAAAAGGGGAUUCAAAUCUUAAAUAAUCAAUUCAGAGAAGUAGAUCUUGCUAGUGGAUAUGUAUCAGUCAUGAUUUCAUUAUUGAUGAUUAUAUGUGGAGUUGGAUCAAUUAUAUUUGGGAAUUAUUUACAUUAUUUUAAACCUUGGGUAAGAAAAAUAUUUGCUGAUUAUGGAGUAGUAGUCCUGGUUAUAUUCUUUACUGCAUUCAUUCAUUUUGGAGGACAUUUAGAAGAAACUACAUUUGCAAAAUUACCAGUCACUGCUGCUUUCCAACCAACACAUUCUGGAUCAGAUAGAGGACAUGGUUGGUUUAUCCACUUUUGGCCAGGUGAAAAUAUUGCUGUGGCUGAUGUAUUCUUAGCUAUUCCAUUUGCUAUAUUAUUAACGUUUUUAUUUUAUUUUGAUCAUAAUGUAUCUUCGCUCAUGUGUCAACUGAAAGAAUAUCCAUUAAAGAAACCUGCAUCAUUCCAUUGGGAUUUCUUAUUACUUGGAAUCACAACCGGUAUUGCUGGUAUUUUGGGUAUACCUGCUCCCAAUGGAUUAAUCCCCCAAGCACCAUUACAUACCGAUUCAUUAGUCGUACAUGAUAAAUAUGGGAAACGAUUAUCAGUCGUGGAACAAAGAGUUACAAACAGUUUACAAGGAGCAUUAACUUUCGUCAUGAUGACAGGUCCAUUUUUAAUUCUUCUUGGAUUAAUCCCUCAAGCUGUCCUUUCUGGAUUAUUCUUCAUAAUGGCUAUAACAGGAUUGCAUGGAAAUAUCGUCACCAAUAGAAUUCGUUAUUGUUUCUUAGAUGAAGAAUAUAUCGAAAAUGAUCCAUCUUGUCCCCAAGUCUGGAAAGAUAUCAGUAAAUUCCCAACCAAGAAAUGGUUCUAUAUCUAUACUGUAUUAGAAACACUUGCCGGAGUGGCGGAAUUUGGAAUCACAUUAACAAAAGGAGCAGUAGCAUUCCCUGGGGUGCUUUUAUUUUUUGCAUUCUGUGCCAAAUGGGUUUGGCCAUUAUUUAUCCCCAGAGAAGAAUUAGAUAGAUUGGAUGGGGAUGUGGCCGAUGAAUUUAUACUUGAAAAUUUGGCAAUUGUCGAUAUUAUGAAACGGAAACAUGCAAAACAGGAUCUUGAAAAGAAUGAGGAUAUUCAUACUGGGAUGGUUGAAUGUGAUUCUAGUAGUAAUAGGACUUUCUCUAGUUAG